GUACAGCUAGUGUUUUACACCAUUUAAAAUAGGUAAUGGAUAAACAAAGUGAUGAUAGCUCGGAUGAACCAUCAAGAACACCAAUAUCUGAACAACAGGAAGGCGCUCAAAGACGUUUUAAUGUCGGACGUGUGUUUGGAAAACAAGAACAAGAUGUUGAAUACAGACACCGUUUGUUCCAUACAACAUGUGUCUGGAUCAGUAUGUUUGCUGUGGGAUGGAGGAAUGCUUUGGUUGGGCCUACGUUUCCAGAUCUUAGAAUCAUUAUUGACAAGGAUUUAUCUACUUCUUCGUGGUUGUUUACAGCAAAGUCACUCGGGGGACUGAUAGGAUCAAUAUUGGGAGGUUUUGCUUAUGACCGUUUCAACAAAAUCUUCAUGUUUAUGUUGUUUGUGUGGGGUAUGGGUGUUGCUGCUGGAGUAACUCCUUGGUGCUACAACUUUGUUGCUAUGCUCCUGGCCCAUGUCAUGCAUGGAAUAUGUGCAGCUGCAAUUGACACAGCUGCAACCGCAGAUGUUACAGUUAUAUGGAAGUACAAAUCAGGUCCGUAUAUGCAAGCGAUACAUUCUGCAUUUAGCAUUGCUGGGAUUAUAUCACCACUUGUGGCAGAACCAUUCCUAGCUGAGAAAUUCACUCCUAGUUACCAGUAUAACACGACAAACUUGUCCAUAUCAGCCGUCUUAUCUUUUGAGAAUUUAUCAACUAUUCCCACUGUGUCUUAUAACAGAACAGGUUUAACGGACGAAUUGUCUAAUUCCUCGUCGCUUCAGUAUGGAGAAACAUUUGUAUACAUUCCAUUUACAUUAACUGCACUUAUUUGUCUUGUAUCGGGCUUCUUGUAUUUAGUUGUAAGCUGUCUCUAUGGUAAUGUUUAUCGUCGUUCGGAACAUUUGGACUCGGUCUCCCCGGAUUCACCACAAGAUAGAUAUUUUUACUUACUCUUAGAAUGAAAGUUAUUUUUACCAUAGUCUUAGGAUUAACAAUGGUGUUUUAUAUAUUGAGUGAAAAUUGUUUCAUAGGGUUUUUGAUGACGUUUGUGAUAUCGGAGCUUAAUUGGAGUAAGGCAGAUGGUUCGACUGCUUCCUCUUUAUUCUGGAUUACAUUGUCAGUUGGUCGAUUGUGUGGUAUUGUA